UGGCAGAGUAAUCGUUGAAACGAUAACGUAAGUUAUCGUUUAUAGAAAAUUUUCUUACUUAAGGUUUUUCUGAAGUGCACGUUGUUAAAACGGUAAGUCACGAUGCAGAUCUUCGUAAAGACCCUUACGGGUAAAACCAUUACCCUUGAAGUAGAGGCAUCCGAUACUAUAGAAAAUGUAAAAGCUAAAAUUCAAGACAAGGAAGGAAUUCCUCCUGAUCAGCAAAGACUUAUUUUUGCUGGUAAACAGCUGGAGGAUGGUCGUACUUUGUCAGAUUAUAACAUUCAAAAAGAAUCAACGCUUCAUUUGGUAUUGCGUCUUCGAGGUGGAGUUAUCGAACCUACCCUUCGUAUUCUGGCGCAGAAAUAUAAUUGCGAUAAAAUGAUCUGCAGGAAAUGCUAUGCACGUCUUCAUCCACGUGCAACUAACUGCCGUAAAAAGAAAUGUGGACACACUAAUAACAUCCGCCCAAAGAAGAAGCUAAAAUAAACUAUUUCCAUUAUUUAUUCAAAUCAUGGAAAAUUGGACAUUGGAAUUUCCAUCUUUAUCCAUAUUCCAUUUUCUAUCAAUAGAACAUGAUUGAUUAAUCAAUCACGAAAAUGUGUAUUUCUUAUAACGGAUUACAAUAAAAACUUAUCAUCAUA